UAAAUCCACAGGUACUGACCAGAAGAGCACGCCACGGGCCGGUUCAGAGUUUACAUGUCAGUGGAGGAGCCAGUCUAAUGAAUUAGGCGAUUUAAAAGAAAAACGCAAGGACUCCCGAGUUUUGAGCUGAGAAAGCUCACCUGUUCAUCUCACUUCUGACUAAGUUUUGCCUUUUUGAGUCGUGUAGCCGCUUGUUCCGAUCCUCAGCAGCAGUGUCUCGUGACUGCGCGGAGAGCGUGAUGGAGAGCCGGCGGCCGCAGAGGCGCGUGCGCGUGCGCGUGAUGCGUGUCCUCCAGUGGGCUGUGAUGCUGGGCUUGAUUCAGUCCGGCGCGCUCGGCGCGAGGAAGCUCCGCGGAGGACGAACCCCGCAGCAGCGGCGCGCGCUUCCCCCCGCUCACAACCGGGACCGCGCCGAAACCACCGAGAGCUUCUCACUGGACUUCACAGCCGUGGAAGAAAACAUGGACAACUUCAUGACUCAGGUGAAGAACCUGGCGCAGUCCCUCUACCCCUGCUCUGCCCAGAAGCUCGACUACGACAUGAAGCUACAUUUCCUGGAGAAUACAUCAGUCACCUGCAACGACGGGACCCCCGCAGGGUACUACCUGAAAGAGUCCAAAGGAAGCAGGAGGUGGUUAAUAUUUCUGGAGGGUGGCUGGUACUGCUUCAACAAGGAGAACUGUGACAGCAGAUACGAGACCAUGAGGAGGCUCAUGAGCUCCUCCAGAUGGCCACAAACCAAGACAGGCACAGGAAUACUUUCUUCACUUCCAGAGGAAAACCCACACUGGUGGAAUGCCAACAUGGUGUUCAUCCCAUAUUGCUCAAGUGAUGUAUGGAGUGGAGCCACACCAAAAACUGAUAAAAAUGACUACGCGUUCAUGGGUUCACUGAUCAUAAAGGAAGUUGUAAAGGACCUGCUCACCAAGGGUCUGGACAAUGCUAAGAUCCUGCUGUUGGCUGGAAGCAGUGCGGGUGGCACCGGGGUGUUGCUGAAUGUGGACCCAGUGUCUGAGCUCCUGGAGGAGUUGGGUCACACAAACAUCCAGGUCAGGGGUCUGUCUGACUCUGGCUGGUUCUUGGACAACAAACAAUACCGCUGCACUGACUGUGUGGACACCGUCAACUGUGCCCCCACUGAGGUCAUCAAGAGAGGAAUCAAGUACUGGGGCGGUGUGGUACCCGAACGAUGCCGACAGGCUUAUGAAGGAAAAGAAUGGAACUGCUUCUUUGGAUAUAAAGUUUAUCCCACCAUUAAACGCCCUGUGUUUAUAGUGCAGUGGCUGUUUGACGAAGCCCAGCUAACGGUAGACAACAUUCAUCUGACGGGACAGCCGGUUCAAGAAGGACAGUGGCGUUAUAUUCAGAAUCUAGGGACUGAGCUGAGGAACACUCUGAAGGAUGUCCCUGCCAUGUUUGCUCCUGCUUGCCUUUCACAUGAAUUCAUAACAAGAAAUUACUGGACUGACGUUCAAGUCAAAGGCACGUCUUUACCCAGAGCGCUCCACUGCUGGGACCGCAGUCUACAAGAAAACAGCCGAAGUAAUAAAUCCCCUCCCAAAGGCUGUCCCGUGCACUUGAUCGACAGCUGUCCAUGGCCUCACUGCAACCCGACGUGCCCAACGAUCCGAGACCAGUCGACGGGACAGGAGAUGAACGUGAUCCAGUUCCUCAUGCACAUGGGCUUUGACGUACAGAAGAUGGCCCAUCAGCAGGGCAUGGACCCAAGUAAGCUCCUGGGCAUGCUCAGCAGUGGCAGCUAAAUACCGUGGAAGGAGCGCUCCCGGUUGGGACCGUGAUUCUUAUCAGUCCGUUUGAUACCUCCAACCCCUCACCCCCUUCACCCGCCUCAGCUUUUACCUCAGGCUGAGCGCUGCCUUUAGUCUGGGCUCUGUGUCAACUCUCUACGGGCUUCCUUCUCCAGAUCUCCUCAUUAAUGAUCAGUUGGUUUCCAUUUUGCUCCAAUCUACUGAGCAGCUUGGAGAUGGAAGAGACGCCCAACACAGAGAUUUGGACCAGAGCCUUUGUCAGAUCCACCUCAGAUAAACCAUUGGGCUGCUGACUGUAACACAACACAGUACCAGUGAAAGUACUGAAGAACCAUGUAACCAGGACAAGGUACACCUGCAUCUCUGCUCUUAAUUUAUCUUUUGGGUAUAAAAGUAUCACGAAUGUAAUCCAGUUUUACGGAUCUUCAGCAUUGUUGUUUGCUUUGUAUUUUUUUCACUAAUAUAGUAUAGCCACGGUUUAUUAGAGUUUUAUAUGUCCAUAUACAGAGAACAAGAGAACAGAGAUUAUCAUUUAUAGAGUUUAUAAUCUGUAAUGCAGAUUACAGAGUUUAUGAAGUACAUGUCAAAUAAAUGGAUCUACUCAAGACUAUAAAGAAUCUUAAAGACAGGAAUUUCGGAAACAGGCAGACACUGGAUCACCUGCUCUAAACCAACAUCAUUUUUGGGGUAUGGCCAAGUUAUGAGUAAAUAUGUCAUAAUGAUAGUUUUUAAUGGUAUAGUCAGCCCUAUUAUAAAUUCUGUCACCAUUUACUAACUCCCAUGCCAGUGGAAACAUGACUUAUUUAUUUCUUCAAUUAAACAGCUGGAGAGCUUCUCAAGGAUUCCCAAGCUUCUGGUUUUGAUACCAUGGUCAUUCAUGCUGCCAAAAGACAAAAAGGACAUAAUUGCGCCAUGAAAGUAUAAUACUAGCCAUUCAGAAUUACUCACCUCUGCCAUAGCUCUCCAAUCUCAUUUGUGAUCAAGUGGACACAUAAACAACCGUCAGUGACUUUAGGCCUUUUUACCUGGACUCAUGUGCGAAUGACAUUUGUUAGCUCAUGGAUGAGAAAUAGGAAAGCAAUCAUGUGGACUAUUUUUGGAGAAUUCUGAAGCAGCAUAAAUCAGCUUGUGCUUGUAUACAAAAACACAAGAUUGGACAUUGUUGAAAAAUGUUCAACUACACGAGGGGGAGUAAAUGAUAACCGAAUUUUAGGCGAACCGUUCUUCUAAGGUACUAAAUGUAUACAAGUUCACAAAUCCUGGAUGAAGCUAAUUCCUGUAAACAGAUCCUCCGUUUCAUAGUCACAUUGUAUGCUGAAUGUGACCCUGCUACUCAGGUCAGUCUCUUUGCCUUUUUGUGUACUUUCAGUUCUCAUUCACUUUGUAUUAAAAUGGGGAUAUCACUCAUUUCACUGUGUAGAAACUCUUGGGCGUCUUUUUUCUUUGUAUUCUAAUGGUAAAAUAAGCAAAGUUACACUGUUUGAGUGCUAUUCCGAUUCAUGUAAUAAACCACCAUUGUACUGACAUGACAGUAAGGCGAUGGUUGAUCAGUUUUAUCAAUGCAACUUCUCACUUGAUUGGGUACUGCGCUCUUUAUCUAUGUAUACAUUUACUUAACAGCUGUCUCCUUUGUGAGUACUUUUGUCAAAUGAAGACACACUAGACUGUUAAAAUAUUUAAUAUAAAAUUACUUUUUUAAUACAACUUUUAUGUAGAGUUCUCAUGAAAUCUAAUAAUAAUCUACCAAAAGAAAAGAAAACAGAUGUGAAGGUAUUACUAAUUGCUAUUUUGUUCUGUAACUUUUUUUUAUUAUUUUUUUUCACAGAAAAUUCUAUCUACAUUGCUAAGUUCCAUAUUUAUUUUAUGUAAAUCAUAUUUAUAAUGCUAUUUUCACAGAGAAGUGAUUCUUUGUAAAUUGU